AUGGGUGUUCGUCUUCCCUUAGCUCCACCUGAUGGGAGGGAUUUAGUUGACUCUGAAGUUGUGGGGUCUCCCAAGCAUGACAUUGCACCCCUUGACUUUCCUCAAGAUCUUCUCAAUCCACAUCUAGAGGAGCUUGCUCCAGAUAUUCCAGGCACUCUUCAUCCUGUAGCAGAUAUUGGUUCUUCUACUCUCCGGCCUAAGUGGCUAUGGAAGCUGAACAUCAUAGCCUUCGCGAAGAACAACACUUGGAUUCUCUUUGAUCUUCCACCUGGGAAGAAGCCCAUAAGCUACAAAUGGGUGUAUAAUGCUAAGUAUAAGGCUGAUGGAGCCCUUGAUAAGUACAAGGCUCCUCGGGCUUGGUACAUAAAAAUUGAUCAGUACCUCAGUGAUCAAGGCUUUCAAAGAAGUCCUUCUGAUUCCAAUUUGUAUGUCAAAACUACUGGUGGUGAUAUUCUUUUGCUUGUCAUCUAUGUUGAUGAUUUGAUUAUCACUAGUCGUUCAUCACUUUUGAUCGAGCAUAUCAAACAAAGUUUGUGCCAAUCCUUUGACAUGACAGACUUGGGACUUCUGCAUUACUGUUUAGGUGUUGAGGUUGGGCAAACUGAUAACAAUAUCUUUAUCUCUCAGUCGAAGUAUGCCAAGAGUCUACUUGAUAAGUUUCGGAUGCGGAAUUGCAAACCUAGCUCUACACCUAUGGAGAAAUGGCUGAAGUUGUCAGCCAAAUCAGAUUCACCCGUGGUGGAUGAAUCUUUGUUCAAGCAACUAGUUGCAACAAAGCGUGUGCUGAGAUAUGUGAAGAGCACUUCUGACUUUGGCAUUCUGUAUGGCAGAAGCAAAGGUCCUAGACUCAUUGGUUUUACAGACCAGAAUUGGGCAGGUUUUGUUGAUGAGAGGAAGUCUACAUCUGGGUAUGUCUUCAAUCUGGGAACAGGUGCAAUCACAUGGACCAACAAGAAGCAGCAAGCAGUAGCUCUUUCCUCGACCGAAUCAAAGUAUCAAUAA